GGUUUUCCGUUUAAAAUUUAGACAGUGUUUUGUUAUUUAAAAAAGUGAACAAGAGGUAUCAAUCUUAAAGAAUACAUUUAUGAAAAUGAGCCUGGAAUAAAAACUUAAAAAGUUUAACCAAAACAUUACAAAAUGUCUAAAACUAACAUUAAGACAAUUUGUAAUAAUAUUAGUGAAGGAAAAAUAUUAGAAGCAAUUGCAUUAAUCAAGGAGGCAAAUGUCCCAUUUGAUACUAAUCAGGCUAUUCAGAUUAUCUUAUAUUGUGUUACAAAAUGUGGAUCAUUGAAGCCAGAAGAAAAUUUGGGCAAAGAAAUAGAGGAACUAUUAAAAAUUAUAAUACCUUACAUAAAAGAGCCAAAUGGUGACCAGACUGAUAAAUAUUAUCAAUUAAUUUUUCAUUUUAUGAAGAAAAAUAUGAAAGAUAAACAAAUGCUUCUUGAUAUGAAAGAGUUUGUGACACCACACUUUAAGCCUUCUGUUAUGUCUUCAAACCAAAAAAAAGCAAUUAGAAAUAUAGUAGUCUUAUAUUAUCAAACUCUGGCAGAAGUAAUUAAAUUAAAGGAUGCUGGGUUAGCCCUGAAAUUAACAAAAACCAUUAUAUCAAUAGAUAGCACAUUUAUACCAGAUGUGGAAUGGUUAGAUGAUGCAAUAAAUUGUGCCAAUUACUUGUGGAGUAUGCAAAAUGUAGAUAUUAUGCAAGAUUUUUAUCUUUUUUCAAUUGGGUUAUUGAGUAGAAAAGAGCCUGAUGUAGAUUGCUGCCAAAAGUUCUUAAAAUUUUUAUCAAUACAAUUCAAGUUAGGUUCGACAUUGAAACUAUUUAAAAAACUUGAAAUUCUCUUAAAGGAUAUAAGUCAAUUGUUAGAAGAACUGCACAUUACUAAGUACGUUCAAUUAAAUCAUAUUUUCCAAUUUAUUGUGGCCUUUUAUCCAGAAACUAAGAAAUCAAAUGAAGAACUUAAAAGUUUUACAACUUCCAUAAACAAAUUAUGCAACUUUAGUCCAGCAUUUGAUAUACUAUAUACACAUACAGAAGUUGUAAUGAGAUAUUACUUGUCUGCUGAAGAUAAAUGGAUCAAAAUAAACCUAAAUGAUCAGCUGGUAUUGCUGGAGCGAAUUUUUGAAAUUGCAAAUAUAACUAAGAAUCCAAAAUGCAAUUGUGGAUGUAAAACAAAUUUAUAUUAUUUCAAUUUAUUUUUAUAUUUGUAUAUGAACUUUGCCUUCAUAACAUUAAAAAAAUCAGAGAUUGUUACUGAUGAUUAUUUAGUUCAAAUUUCUCAAACUUUGAUGCAAGUAAAAAAUAUUAAUUAUAGAACUGCUGGUAGUAAAUGUGAAAAAAUGAAAACUUUUUGGUCUAAUAAUUUACGACGCUUAUCUUAUAAAUUAGCUAUGAUAUUUUACCAAAAAUAUCAAAAAUACUCUUAUAAACUUGUGCAACUUUUUUUCCACACUUAUCAACAAUUUGAAAAAUUUAACACUCAGGAUGGAGAUUUGGAACAUUUGUUUUUAGCACUUAUCCAUUUGUCUAUGAACAAAAAGGAGCCAAAAAAGUGUAUGUACCUAGCAGCAUUGUAUGCUUAUGCAUAUCAAAAAUACAAUGAUAACACAACAUCUUUUUGGAUUAGGGCAAAAAUUGAACUAAAAGGUGAUGAGGAGGUUCAAAAAAUGACCUACAAAGAUGCUUUGGAGUUGUGCACUCAGUAUCCAGAAUUUAAGCUACCAAUUGAACGCACAAAUGAAGUAGAAACUAAAGCUUUAGAAAUUGAGUUGCAGUCUUACAGUGAAAAGUGGAGCAGCAAAAUUCCCAUGAUGCAUACUGUCAAAGAAUUAUGCAACAUAGCUGAUAUAAAAUCGUUAAUUUUAAUAAUCUUAAAAGUUUAUGGAAACUGUGAUAAAAUGAUUCACAUGAAUAUGCCUGUUAUAUUCCAUGAAAUAAUGAAGAAGUAUAAAGUUCAUUUAAGCGAACAGCAUGAAUUAAACAACUGGCAUUUAGCUCAUUUCAAUUUCGUCUACUACUCGUAUUGCUUUAAACAACAAAUAAUGAAGAAUAUGGAGGAUAUGGAACAAACAAAAGUUGUGCAAGACGUAUUGGAUAAACAAACUAAAGUAAUAACACACCCAGAUGAUAAAUGUGAUCUUGUUUCAGUCUAUGACUCCUUAAAACUUGAUAAAUACAACAAGAUGAUAAAACAUCUUAAUGAAUCUUUAAUGCUAAUAACAGCUAGUAUUCAUAAUCCAGUCGAUUAUCCCGACGCAUAUAAACUUUUAAUUGGACUUGGAUAUGAAUAUCUUAUGCAUAAGCUCAUUUCAAAAAGUGUUCAGGCCUUUAAUUGUGGAUUAAUAAUAUCUGAAAAGUCUGAAAAUAAAAAAAAUAUUAUACAAUGCACAGGUUACUUGCUUGAAAAUGCAGAUGAAUUCAAUGAUACAAUUAAAAAAUUAAUGAACAGGGCUGAUGAACUUUGUAUUGAAUUAGAAAAUAGUAGUGACAUUGAAACCAAAAAAAUCAUCAUAACUUAUUACUUGUGUAAAGUUAAGUGUCUCAUUUACCACAAUCAUAUUGUGGCAUAUCAGGUUUUGGAAAAGGCACAAGAUAUGUUUAGUUCUAUCACUAAUGAUCAAAUGAAAAUUUUAAAUGUGCAGUUGUUAAUGAUGCAGUAUAGAUUUAAUACGUUUCCAAGCGACAUGAUUCAAGAAGAAUGUGAGAAGAAUCCACUAGUAUUAAUACACUCAGCAGUUAAUCUUGUGACUGAUCACAGUUUUGUUGAACAAGGAAAUUCUUAUGCACAAUCAGUGAGACUGGAUGUUUAUGAAGAAAUUGUGAAGUUCUAUACUUACCUCUGCUUGCCAAGGGAGGUCCGUUGUUAUGGCAAAUUCCCUUUAAGUUUGACCCAAAAAUUAGUUUUGCCUUUGAGGAAUUUGGCAUUUCUAUAUUAUUUGACCUUAAUUGACAUAGAGACUCUGAAAUUUGAUGAUUGUCAAGUAAAAUUGAACGGUAUAUCGGAUAUUUUGGGUUUGACAUGCAUUCAACGAGCCGCUCCUGAAGUUAAAAAGACUGAAAGUUUAGCUAAUGCAAAUCCUGAUGGUGUUCCUCAGCUGGUCAAUUGUAUGAGGGAAAUGGUGUUGGAUGUACCACAACGUAGGGAACGCAGUCAGUCACCAACAUUGAAGUUUGAGGAAUUCAAAAUGCCUUCUUUUCUCCUACACGAGGUCUCUUGUCGAUGCUUUUUUUGUUCCACUUGCGAAUACCAAAGAUUUAUUCUCAUGAAGUGCAGACUUGAUGCUUACUUUUAUAUAUAUUAUUCAAAUUUUACUCAAACUGAGAGCUACAUUAAUGGUGGAUUUGAAGUGUAUGAAACAUUGAAAAAAACCUUUCUAAAGAGUUCCAAUAUGUUGGGUCAAGCAUACAAAGAUUUGUUACCAACAUUCGAUGAUGUUUUUCUCGAAACUUACUGUGAAAUGUUGCAUGAUUAUAGUUUAUUUUUGCAAAUAAUGAAAAGAGAAAACGAAGCGUUAAAUGUUAAUCACAUAUUGUUGGAUAACAAUCUGAUCCUUAAUAAAACAAAAUAUACUUUUCUAUUUAAUAAAGCUUUAGUACAAAGAGUAAGACUGCUUUACAAACCGAAUGAAACGGUAAAAGAUAAUGUAUCAGAGCAAGCUUCAAGUAUAGAGGACUCACUAACGCCAGAAAGCAAGAUAAAUGAGAGGAGUGCUCCAAAACUUCAGGCGAAAAAGAAGGUUUCUAGAGUUAUUAAUCCAACUAAAUUGAAUCUUUCGGAAGAAGAAUCACCCGUGGAGGAAAAGAAAUUAACUAUAAUAGACGAUACUGUUAUCAACUAUAAGAAAUUAACAAGGCAAACGAACCAGACCGGAAAACCCACAGUUGUAGUAUACAAAGCAAAAGAAGAUAAAUUAGAACCUAGAAAAUCAACAAAUACUGGUGCAGUAAAGAAACAACCUAUUGGGCAAACUAAUUUGUUGAACAGACCUAGAAAUUUGAAAGGUGGGGAAAAACAAAAGGAAAAUGAUAUUAAAGAGACAGAUCCAGUUUUUGCGAACAGAACGAAAUUAUUAACCAACAAACUGAGAAACACAAGAAGAACAGUGGAUAAUAAAGAAAACGUUACAGUGGAGCCAGAAAUUGCCAGAAUUAAAGAAUCCACCGUUGUCAAAGAUCCUAAAAUACCACUUGAUAAAGAAAUUGAUCUUCGAAGAUCAACCCGAUUGAAGAAAUAGUUGAAGUAGUUGUAAUUAGAUAUAAUUUUAUGAUUGCAGUCAAUAGUAAUUAUUUUGUUACAAUAGUUAUAUGUACUGAGUAUUUGUAAAUUGUAAUUUAUUUUUAAUAAAUAUGUCGUUAAUGGUUUA